AUGUUCCGCAAACCAUCAAUUCGGGCGGCGCCAGUGGAUGACGAUGAUGAUGAUGACAGUAUCUCAAUUAAUUCAACCGAAAGCAGUCAAUACUCGGAGAGUCGUGAGUUUGAGGUUGAACGCGUUCUGGCUGAGAAAACCGACAACGGCAAGAAGUUGUAUUUAUUAGAAUGGAAAGGUUACCCUCUUAACAGGGCGACAUGGGAGCCCAAAGACCAUAUCUACGACCAUAAUAUUCUGGUUCAUUGGAAAGAGACGAAAAGCCGCGAAUCCAGAGGCGUUGCUCAGCCUUUCAAUAUCAAGAAAUUCGAGGCAGAUGUGGAAAAGCUAGCGGAAGAAAAGGCCGAGCGGCAUCGUCAGCGGAAGCUCAAACGGAGACGCUCUGGACUUCCAGUCUCUGAAUCUGAUUCCGAGUCUUACUACCUGGCGAGUGAUAGUGAUUCUGUGGAAGAAGCUAUCGCAGCGGAAGAUGAGCGAGACGAUGAUCCAGGACGUAAGAAUUCCCACAAGCCGCCCCCAAAGCCCAACAAGCCGCCUAAAAUGCAGUCAAUUAGGGACAAGGGGAGCCAACUAUCAGAUACAAACCCAAAACAUCCCCCUUCUAGCUUACCUUUAGGUGAGCCUGUAUCCGGACGAGGAUCACACCAGCUGCCGGCAAACUCUGGUUCCAACGAGCUUCUCCCUCAACGAGCUUCAAAAGCGACUCCGACACGAAAGAAACUUAGCGUUUCUGCUAAAGAGAAUUCCAAGGACUUGUCAAAACCGGAUAAUUCUAGUUCCAGACUUGAUGGACCUUCUGUUCCUGCUGGUAGGGGCAAGGGAGCUUCACGUGGGGGUUCUAUUAUACAAAAGAAUGUUUUUGCGAUUCGAAAUCUGCCGAGAAAGCGGUCCACGCUUCUUCAAACUUCUGCAGACCCCACCAAAGAAAUGAAACACUUCAAAAAUAUGCACAUAGUCAGAAAGGCAGAAUUGGCAUCAAGAGCGUUAGAAGAUGCCGCCCCCGAUAUCAAUGCUGCGGGUGGGCUCUUUAGGCCAGGGGAGGCUUCAACCUUCCGACAUCUAAAGGUUGCAGAUUUGCGCAGAAAUUCAGCUACUAGUGUAACCCGACACGGGCCGACCGAAGAGCCUCAUACAUCCCAAAAAGAUUCUCUGUCAAGUACACGGGAAAUCGAGGCGGCACCUUCGAAGCCAGCCCUUGUUCAGACACCUGUUCAAAAACCAUACCUGGGGCCAGAGGUAUGCUAUUACUGGAACUCAAAGGGGAGUUGUGCGAAAGGAUAUCUAUGCACAUAUAUGCACCGCAACGAGCCAGGGGUGCCUGUUGCUCCUAACCCUUCGGAUAAGCGGGAUCAUGACAGACAGCACACUGCAGUAGACGACACUGGCCUUUCAAAUUCUACUUCGCGUGACGGCUCAGUAUCUGAAAACGCAUCCUCCACUCAUGCUGGACAAGAGUCGCAACAUCGGCCAACCUUGCAGAAUGAUAGGCCGGUCUCGAUAGCUCCAGCAGGGUCAUGGGUGACAGCUUCAGAAAAUGCCCAGGUUUGCUGGUUUUGGCAUACUAGAGGCGAUUGUUCCAAGGGAGAGCUUUGCAGAUUUCGUCAUACUGAUGACCAAUCUAUACCCCUUGCUCCAGAUCCUUCUCGUCCAGCUCCUGUUCCAGAGCAUGCACAUCCACCUUCCAGGCGGCCAACUUCCGACCGCAACAUUAAAGUCUGCCCCUUUUGGAAACGAGGUGACUGCCACCAUGGUACAACCUGUUGGUACUUUCAUGAUGUUCCAGAUCGGCCUGAACCAGAGCCCCCGUACCAAGUUCCCGAAGCCGAUCGGCCGUCAAUUCAUCCUUCCCGAUUAGCAAUACUACAGCAGGAGUCUUCGCAGUGUGUUCCGGCGACCCAAAUGGACAAUCAUAUUGGGUUUAGAGAACACGACUCAACCGAGUUAUUUCCACCUGUCUCCUCCCCAAGGCGACAGAAUCCCGGUCUUGAUCUCAAUCAGCUUGGCAUGACAGAAGGAAACCCAUCCACGCCUAAGCCCGUAACGGCGUCGGCGGUGGAACGUAGCAAGAUCAGUAUUGAAGACUAUCGUCAAAACCAGGCUGCUAAGGCACAAGGAUCUCGAACUAAGUUGGUCACGUUCGGCAUGUAUGAGCAGCAACCUUUGCUCCUAGAUACUGGCGACACAUGCCUAGAAGCCCAGCAUCCCUUAUAUCAGCUUUUUUUAAGCCUCCCACACAUACAGUUUGACCAAGUCUGCAUAGCCCAAGAUUUCGGAUCACAGCGCAGCGUGCUUCAACGUCAUGUACUUUGGGAUGGAAGCCUUAGUCCAGUAGAUACUGGAGAUUUGGAAGCAUCAAAGAUUAUUGAUGAUAUUGUGAAAGACUUAAGACUUCGAGCAUCUGGCUUAAUAUGCUUCACAGCGCCAUUUGUCAUACUAUGCUAUCCUGCACGAGCGGAGGAAUGGGGAUUCAUAGAUUGUUCGCCCUAUCCUAGGGAAGUCAGGUUGAGGUAUCUGCUUUUCCAAACUAAUCUAAAUAUCGACUCUUGCUUUGCAAUUCCGGUAAAAGAUAUCGUCGGUCUUCGCCCGCCUUAUAGAAAGGCUCUAAUGUACAAGAUUCACGGACUCUCCAUAGAGAAACUCAUCCCCCUCCUCGAAAAAGGUCAUAGCUGCUACAACUUUUAUUUAUUGUUCCCGCCGACAGCCAAUGAGACUGCACACUUCAUCACACAAUGGCUGCGAAGUUCCGGUCAUGGUUGCAAAGUUUACAGUAGUGAGGCUGAGGGGUCAUGGGAUUUUGUUGUCAAUACCUCCACCAUUCUGGCGUGUGCGGUCCUCAUCCACGAAUCUGUAGCUGCUGAGAUCUACAGGUUGCCCUUACUGCAAGAAGUACUCCGGAAGAGCAAGAAGGUUUUUACCUUCUGGUAUGUUUCAGAUUCGGUUCCCCCGUUUCCUACGUUUCCAUCCGUCUUGGAGUUGGACCACUCGAACUCGGGGCAGGUAACUGCAACGCGACUUUUCCCACAUGGGGCAAUCAUCUUCCUAGCUCCGGGCUUCCUAAUUGCGGAACCUGAGCGGACAUAUGAGCUGCUCAAGUGGUUUUUUCACAAGAAGCUAGACAGCGUGACGCCAGGGACCUGGAAACUGGCUUCCUGUUACAGUUUGGCAGACUACCUGCUGAACUUGGCAAACGCUAAGGCUUUAGAGCGACAAAGGUUCUACGAAGAAAAUUAUGACAAACCUUCCAAGGACGCAGAAGCUAAUCAAAGGGGACUGGGCUUCGAAAGUUGCCAACUUAGAUAUAAGAUUCAUACCUUUCUCGUUGGUGCGCUGUAUACUAGAGACAUCUCAAAGAGGGCACCGCCAAGAGACUGUUUCGAUUAUUAUUCAGGCAUUCCCGAUGAGCUCGAGAGCCCAAUCAUCUAUGCGGAUCGGUAUAUUGAUGCAGACGAUGAACAGGCACAGAUCAAAUGGUUUGCCGGGUGGGCAAUGGGAAGACUGGACCUUUUCCGAAAGUUCACUGUUAUUGGCACCGGCCCUGGAAGUGCCAAUAAAUCUACUAGGCUCAAAGCUUUGCCAACCAUGACAGCCAAUUCCAGCCCCCAAUCCGACCUGGCAAUGUCACCUUCUAAGCAAGCCUCGCCCUCCACUAUAAUUCCGGCUACAAACUCUGGUCCCCAUCGUCAGAACUCGCAAUCUGCACUAAACUCCGCCAUGCAGAAAGCUCUAGCAGUUGCCGCGAAGUUUCAUGCUUCUAAUCCUGCCAGCCCUAACUCAACACCUCAACCAGUAAUAAGUGAAUCUAUCGCCAAGAAUCAUAAUGGAAAUGUUGCGAAUGAGGCCGUUAGAAAAGAAAUUUUGGACAAACCAGGAUACGUAGCACCUGGAGCUAUACAGAUGUCUCGAGGCCGCCGGAUUGUUGACGGGAAGCCGCACCUUGAACCAGGAGAGAUUGCCGACUCGACUUCUAUUAAUGGCGCAAGCGCAGCUUCAACACCUCCUGACGGAGAUAGAAUGGAAAUAGAUUCGGCUCCUGUCAGCGCAACUAAAAAUAUAGAUCAGCAUUCUGCAGAAUCUUGCGAGGGUACAGCGGGUGUGGAAUGGAAGAAGGUUCAAUUCGAACCGACCACAGAGUGGUAUAAGCGUAUGAAGGAUAACGGGGAUGGCUGGGAACACAUUAUGGUUGAUGGCUGGGAGCAGGGUUGGACAUAUUUGGGAGUUGCCAAGAAAUGA